AUGCCGACAGAAGAUAAAUCACAGAUACGUAAUUUGUUAGAUAAUGAAACAAAUACCUCUGUAAAAUCAAGAAUAUCUAAAAACAACAAUACCAAAAAAUAUAUAAAUCAGAAUGGUAAACAGGAGGAAAAUGUCAGUAAUCUUGAAGAGGAAAAUAAGAAAGAUAAAUUCUCUUUACCAAGUAAACAAUUUUCAAUUAGGGAAUCGUAUAUAUUGCAAUUAUUUGAACAAAAUAGAACGAUAAAGUCUAUUUAUAACAUACUUGUUGCAAAUUAUAUCCUAUUUAUUUUUGCAUUUACUUUAAAGGAAUAUAUGAAUCAUCAAAGGUUGCCCAAAGCAUUACUUGUAAUUCCUCGUUCAUUUGGAAAAAUGCAUUUAGUUGCAAUGGUAUGGCUGGGAAACAACUUUGCAACAUUUUCAACCUAUUACUUCUUUCUUCUAUGGGGAAAAACUAGACAAAAAGUGAUUUUUCAAAAACUAUGGGACAUAUUAUGGAUUCUUCUGCUAAUUACUUAUUACAUUAUGUCAUUUGUAGUGAUAACAAAGGUAGUGUUUGCCUUGAAUUUACCAUUCGCAUCAGCUAUUAUUAUUACAAUGGAGUCGGUACGUUUUUUAAUGAAAGUUCACGCCUUUGUCAGACAUAAUGCUCCAAAGAUGUUACAUAAUUCUGGCGAUAAAACAGCAGAUGAUUGUCUUUCAUUCUCGAAAUUUCUAUAUUUUUUGUAUAUACCAACAAUAAUCUAUAGGGACCAGUAUCCCAGGUUAAAGACGAUAAGAUGGGGGUUUGUGUUUUAUCGGUUACUGGAAAUCGCUAAUAUAAUAAUUUUUUUGGCGUAUUGGUACGAGUACGUCAUUACACCAUAUUUUAAAGAUACUUGCUUAAAAACAUGGAGCGCGCUGGAGGUAUUUCUGCUGUUUCUUGAAUUCUCUAUACCAGCUUACCUAAUUAUAUUUGUGAUGUUCUUUACUGUACUACACUCCAUACAAAAUGCUGUAGGCGAACUUCUUAGAUUUGGAGAUCGAUUGUUUUACGCUGAUUGGUGGAACUGUACAAAUGUUCAACAGUAUUACAGGAAAUGGAAUUUGGUAAUUGGAGACUGGCUUUACACCUACAUUUACAAAGACAUGUAUGAAAUAAUUGUCCCUGGUAAUAGAAAUCUAGGAAAAAUUAUAACUGUACUGAUCUCUGCUCUAGUGCACGAAUGGAUUUGCACUGUUUGCUCUGGAUAUUUUCUUCCACUCCACAUACCACUUAUGAGUUUUAGUACAAUUUGCAUGUAUGUAUUUAGAGUAAAAGAAUAUACCACUGCUUCUAACAUUGUAUACAUUAUAAUGAUAAUGUUAGGUACCAACAUUAUUAUAACCUUUUAUGCUUUUGAGCAUUUUACUAGGUUGAAUUUUCCUUCAAAUAAACAGUUUGUGUCAUUAUUUUGGACAAGUAAUUGUGUUAGUUUACAGUAG